GUUCAAUUGUGUGUUGUUUCGUUCCUCUUUUCAUCGAACGCACUCUGGCUCUGGUGUUCUAGUUUCUUCUUGGCCCCAAUUUUCUGAUUUGAUUUUCUUCGCCGAUUUGCUCAAAUGUCGUGUACGCAUGACCACAGCUGCGAGGAUCAUGAGUGUUCCUCCGAUUGGUCACUCUACAAGCACAUCGAUCUCCCCAAGGUGUCUGCUCUGAACGAGUCUGUCUCGGGAAGUGUUAAAUCAGUCUUCAAAGCAUGGGAACAGCGGUUACACUCUUCUGGGGAGCAUUUGGAGAGCAACGAAGGAGACCCUGAAUUGCUUGUCUUUGUACCAUUUACAUCAGACGUCAAGAUCAAGAGCAUAUCAAUUGUUGGUGGUCCUGAUGGUACAAGUCCUUCUAAGUUGAGAGUGUUCAUCAAUCGCGAAGGGAUUGACUUCUCAGACGCUGAGAGCAUGCAAGCAGUUCAGGAAUGGGAGUUAGCUGAAAAUUUGCAAGGAGUAUUAGAAUACCAGACCAGGUAUUCGAAAUUCCAGAGUGUUGGGAACAUCACGUUGCAUUUCCCCGAGAGUUUUGGAGGUGACACAACCCAAAUACGCUAUAUCGGUUUUAAAGGUGAAGCAACCCAGUUGAAAAGGGAUGUUGUUGCAACGAUUGUAUAUGAGAUAAGACCGAAUCCUUCAGAUCACAAGACAAAGGCUGAGACUGGUGGAGGUUUCUCACAAGUUGAGUGAAGAUAUUAUCUGCUUCCAACUUCACUCCUUUUAGUCUUUCACAUACUUAUGUUUCCUCAAUAAGCUUUGGCCUAUAUUAACAAACAUAUAUGUACGAAUAAAAUGACGGAGACAUGUCAAGAGUGGAAUUUUUUUCUUUACUUGAACCGACAUGAGAUAUUUUCGAACUUUUAUUAAGACUGAACUCUAUUUUAUUU